CUCCCAUUGGCCGAUUGUCGAAAAGAGCCGGGGCUACCGGCGCAGUUGCGGAGCGGCGGCCGAGCUCCUCGCAGUACAUACCAGGGAGGGAGGAGGCCCCCCCCCGGGAUACCUGAAAGGAUAAAGUACGAUGACCACACCGGCAGGCUCGGGCGCGGGUUUCGGCUCCGUGUCCUGGUGGGGACUGUCCCCGGCGUUGGACCUGCAGGCUGAGAGUCCUCCUGUGGACCCAGACUUGCAGGCUGAUACAGAGCACGGGACCCCCCAGCUAGAUGUGCUGCUGCUGGGCUCCGUGGAUGGGCGGCAUCUGCUGCGGACACUGGCCCGCGUGGAGCUCUGGUCUCCCAGGAGGUUCCGUUUCUACGUGCUGGAGAAUAAUCUGGAAGCUGUGGCUCGACAUAUGCUGAUCUUUAGCCUAGCCCUGGAGGAUCCUGAGAAGAUGGGGCUGCAAGAGAGGAGCGAGGCCUUCCUGGAGGUGUGGGGUAACACGCUGCUGCGCCCCCCAGUGGCCGCUUUCGUGCGCGCCCAGGCCGACCGCCUAGCACAUCUGGUACCGGAGCCCGACAGCCUAGCGGAGCAGCUGCCCUGGAUUAGCUUGGGUGCACUCAAGUUCCGCGAACGGGACGUUCUGGAGGCGGUAUUCCGCUUUUGGGCCGGUGGGGAGAAGGGGCCGGAGGCCUUCCCAAUGAGUCGCCUCUGGGACUCGAGGCUGCGCCACUACCUGGGCUCCCGCUACGACGCCCGGCGCGGUGUCAGCGACUGGGACCUGCACAUGAAGCUGCACGACCGCGGGGCCCGAGUCAUCCACAUACGCGAGUUCCGGCGCUGGAGGGACACAGGCGUCGCCUUUGAACUCAGAGACUCCAGCGCCUACCAUGUGCCCAACAGGACCCUGGCGUCCGGUCGCCUACUGAGCCAUCGCGGGGAGCGCGUGGCAGCACGAGGGUACUGGGGGGACAUCGCCACGGGGCCCUUCGUGGCUUUUGGCAUCGAAGCGGACGAUGAGAACCUCCUGCGGACCAGCAACGGGCAGCCGAUCAAAACUGCCGGAGAGAUCACUCUGCACAACGUGACGGAGCUGUUCCGAGCGCUGACCGCCUGGGGGCGUCCGAGAGCUUCCCAGGGGGACCUCGUGGAGGUGCCGGGCGAAGAGGAUGGAACCCGCGAGCCUGCCCCGGGCCCGGCAUCCUUCACUAUCUGCUUCCUGCCCCUCCAUUCUUCCCAGACCCUCCACCACAAGACCUGCUACAAGGGACAGUUCCAGCUUCUCUACGUGGCUUGUGGGAUGGCCCAUCUUCUCAGCCCUGAGCUCGGGGCCUGUGUGGCCCCUGGUGGACAUCUGAUUGUGGAGUUAGCCCGGUACCUGGUGGACCUGCGGCAGGAGCAGCUGCAGGCGUUUACCGCCCGGGUUAGGGAGCUAGCUCAGGCAGCCGGAUUCGCCCCACAGCCCGGGGCCAGGCCGUCUGAGACCUUCGCGCGCUUCUACAAGUGCCAGGACUCUGCUCCGGUCUGCACUGACUCAGUGGCCGAACCCGGGCCUCCAAUCCCUGAAGUCCUGGUCCCGCCCCCUGGAGUCGUGGAUCUGCUCCCUGAAGUCGUGGUCUCACCCCAUGAGGCAAGGGACUCACUCUCUGAGGAUCUGACCCAGCCCCUCCAAGGCCGAACCCCACCCCCUGUGCCCCUCCAGCUGCCCUCAGAAUCUCAGGUUUCAUUCUCUGAGGCUUCGGCUCCACCCACAGGGAGUGAGACCUCAAAACCAGAGUCUGACUGGAUCCCCAGAAACCAAGUCCCCCAUCUCUAACUUCUAAAGUCAGGUCUUCAGUCCCAAAGGCUUGAAUUUCAGAUUCCAUUCCUGGGAUUCUAUAUUCUAUCCCUACAAUUGUACAUUGUUUUCUCAGAGUUCUACACUCCACUCCUGAGACUCUAAACGCGGCCUAGAGAUUUGGCCCUGGGUCUACCGCCCUCUAUGUGGUUCCCAGCUGUUCCAUUCCUAACUUGGGGUUGGGGGUGUCUUCUCUCCUGGGGGUGGUCAGCACCCACGUGGUCAAGUAAAGAGAACCUGGUCCUCUUC